UUGACCGACAGCGGGGAGGAAGACACCCUAGUAAGCGCUGUGUUUUUCUGGUCCACUAAAAUGGCUGUUGUCGAGGAUGGGGACUAGCCUGUGAGCACUACACGCAUAUAAGUCGAGGAUUGAGAAGACUACACCGAAGUGUGGAAUAUUUAUAUUCGUUUUAUUAAAAGGUGCUGUGGUGGUGAGGGGAAGUAGUUGCAGCCAUGGACACCACCACCUCCAUUAAGAUGACCACUCUGGCCAUCCAGAACCUCUUCAGCUACGUGGAGGAGGAGAACCUGGCAGCGCUCAAGGCCCACCUGGACAAGUUCAAGGAGGUAGACGGCAGGAGUGACAAUGGUCAGACACCCCUGAUGCUGGCUUCGGAGCAGGGUAGUAUUGAGAUUGUACAGGAGCUCAUCAGGAGAGGAGCCAAUGUUAACCUGGAUGAUGUGGACUGCUGGUCUGCUCUGAUCUGUGCUGCUAAGGAAGGCCAUGUAGAGGUGGUGAAGGAGCUGUUAGAAAGCAGUGCUUACAUAGAGCACCGAGACAUGGGAGGCUGGACGGCCCUCAUGUGGGCUGCCUAUAAAGGCCGCGUGGAGGUAACCGAGGUUCUCCUUGAGAACGGAGCCAACCCCAACACUACUGGGCAGCAAUACAGUGUGUACCCCAUCAUCUGGGCAGCAGGCAGAGGUCAUGCUGAGAUCGUCCAGGUCUUGCUGGAGAACGGAGCCAAGGUCAACUGUUCUGACAAGUAUGGUACCACCCCUCUGAUCUGGGCAGCCAGGAAGGGCAAUUUUGACUGUGUGAUGCACCUGCUGGAGAAUGGAGCCGAUGUCGACCAGGAGGGGGCGAACUCGAUGACAGCUCUGAUCGUGGCAGUGAAGGGAGGUUUCCCUGAGGUGGUGAAGGAGCUUCUCAAGAGGAACCCUAACGUCAACAUGACAGACAAGGACGGCAACACAGCCCUGAUGAUCGCUGCCAAGGAGGGCUAUACUGAGAUAGUACAGGACUUGCUGGAUGCUGGCACCUACGUCAACAUACCAGACAGGAGUGGAGACACRGUGCUUAUCGGAGCAGUGAGAGGAGGACAUGUGGAGAUAGUGAGGGCUCUGCUGCACAAAUAUGCUGACAUAGACAUCAGAGGACAGGACAACAAGACAGCCCUGUACUGGGCUGUGGAGAAAGGCAACGCCACCAUGGUGAGAGAUAUCCUCCAGUGCAACCCCGACACAGAGACCUGCACCAAGGAUUUAGAGAGCCCUCUGAUCAAAGCUACUAAGAUGAGGAACAUUGACAUAGUGGAGCUUCUGCUGGACAAAGGAGCCAAGGUGUCUGCUGUGGACAAGAGAGGUGACACCCCCCUCCACAUUGCCAUCCGUGGGCGGAGCCGCAGACUGGCGGAGCUCCUCCUUCGUAACCCUAAAGAUGGCCGCCUGCUCUACAGGCCCAACAAGGCCGGCGAGACCCCCUACAACAUCGACUGCAGCCACCAGAAGAGCAUCCUCACCCAGAUCUUUGGAGCCCGACACCUGUCCCCUACUGAGUCUGAUGGGGACAUGCUGGGUUAUGACCUGUACAGCAGUGCCCUGGCUGACAUUCUCAGUGAGCCCACCAUGCAGCCACCCAUCUGUGUGGGCCUGUACGCCCAGUGGGGCAGCGGCAAGUCUUUCCUGCUCAAGAAACUGGAGGAUGAGAUGAAGACGUUUGCUGGCCAGCAGGUGGAACCGUUGUUCCAGUUCUCCUGGCUGGUGGGGUUCAUGUCCCUGCUGCUGUGUGGUUCUGUAGCUCUGGUCCUGGGCUUCACCGUCGACCCCAAGCUGGCCAUCGCUGUCUCCCUCAGCCUGCUGGCCUUGCUCUAUGUCUGCUUCGUGGUGGUGUACUUCGGCAGUCGUCGUGAGGGUGAGAACUGGAGCUGGGCGUGGGUGAUAAGUACCCGUUUGGCCCGACACAUCGGUUACCUGGAGCUGCUACUCAAACUGAUGUUUGUCAACCCCCCUGACUUGCCAGAGCAGACCACCCGCGCUCUGCCCGUUAGGUUCCUGUUCACGGACUACAACCGUCUGUCCAGUGUGGGAGGGGAGACCAGCCUGGCAGAGAUGAUAGCCACCCUGUCUGAUGCCUGUGAGAGGGAGUUUGGCUUCAUGGCCACCCGCCUCUUCAGCUUCAAGACAGAGGAAUCAAAAGGGAAGAAGAAGUGGAAGAAAACUUGCUGCGUUCCCUCCUUCGUCAUCUUCAUCUUCAUCCUGGGCUGCCUGAUCACCGGCAUGGCACUCCUCGCCGUCUUCAAGGUGGAUGGGGCCAACCAGACGGUGAACGCCGUGCUGAUCGCCAUGGCCUGCGCAGUGGGCCUGGCACUGGUGCUCAACUGCCGGACCUGGUGGCAGGUGGCCGACUCGGUGCUCAACUCUCAGAGGAAGAGGCUGCACAGCGCUGCCAACAAGAUGCACAAGCUCAAGAGCGAGGGCUUCAUGAAGGUGUUGAAGAAUGAGGUGGAGCUGAUGGCGAGGAUGGCUAAGACCAUCGAUGGCUUCACUCAGAACCAGACGCGUCUGGCUGUCAUCAUAGACGGCCUGGACUCCUGUGAACAGGACAAAGUACUGCAGAUGCUGGAUACGGUGAGAGUGCUCUUCUCCAAAGGCCCCUUCAUCUCCAUCUUYGCCAGCGACCCCCACAUCAUCAUCAAGGCCAUCAACCAGAACCUGAACAGCGUGCUCAGGGACUCCAACAUCAACGGCCAUGACUACAUGAGAAACAUCGUCCACCUGCCGGUCUUCCUCAACAGCCGGGGGUUGAGCAGCGCCAGAAAGAUGUGUGUGGCAGCGCCCGCUAACGGAGACACCGGAAACUCAGACGGCUGGCAUGAGGAGCUGGACAGGAAGCUAUCCCAGCACAGCAUCGGAGAGAUGACCAAGUUUGGCAGCAAGACAACCCUGAACCGCAGGGACACGUACCGGCGACGUCAGAUGCAGAGGACUGUGACACGGCAGAUGUCCUUUGACCUGAGCAAGCUGCUGGUGACAGAAGACUGGUUCAGUGACAUCAGCCCCCAGACCAUGAGGAGGCUGCUCAACAUCGUCUCUGUCACAGGUCGUCUGCUGAGGGCAAAUCAGAUUAUGUUUAACUGGGACCGCCUGGCAUCGUGGAUCAACCUUACUGAGACCUGGCCCUACAGGACCUCCUGGCUCAUCUUGUUCCUGGAGGAGACUGAAGGCAUCCCUGACCAGGCCGCCCUCAAGACUAUCUACGAGAGGAUCUCCAAGAACAUUCCGACCACUAAAGACGUGGAGCCCCUGUUGGAGAUUGAUGGGGAUGUGCGUAGCUUCGAGGUGUUCCUCUCCUCUCGGACACCUGUCCUCAAUGCGCGCGACAUCAAAACCUUCCUACCCUGCACCGUCAACCUCGACCCCAAACUACGAGAGAUCAUCGCAGACGUGCGUGCUGCCAGGGAACAGAUGAGCAUCAGAGCGGUGACCUAUCCCAGCCUGCCCCUGCAGGAAGCCGCGCCCCGCCCCACCUCAGUCUACAGCCAGCAGUCAGGCAUGUCCGCCUGCUCCCCCUCCACCUCCUUCAACGGGCACUUCAACCCCCCAGGGCUGGUGUCCCCACCGCCCCACAGCAGCAACUACAGUGGUAUGGCUGGCCCCCAGCACCCCUUCUAUAACAGGGCUAAUGUGAAUGGCAGAGUUCUGACCCAGUGCAACAUUGAUGAGCUGAAGAAUGAAAUGAAAAUGAACUUUGGAGACUGGCAGCUCUUCAGAGGAACUGUGUUGGAGAUGCGUCACGUGGAGAGCCAGGUGCUUCAUGAGGAGGCUCCCAGCGAGGUGGACAGCAGUGUGGUGGGCCACGGGGAACCGAGGCGCCAGGUCGCCCCGCCCCAUGCCGGUGCCGCCAACCUCGACGCCAACUCACCCAUGUACAGCUUCAACCUGAGCUUUGAGGAACUGAGCAAUGUGGGACUGGACGAGCCUCCCAGGCAUAGCAACAACACAUGGAUGGCCCCCACCCACCGUACCCCCAGCAUGUCCAGCCUCAACUCCCAGGAGUCGUCCAACGACAUCGUCAAGCUGACGGAAAAGCAGCAGUCGGAGUACCGCAACGCCUACCAGGAGUACAUCGCCCAGAUGGCCACGCUGGAGGUGGGCGGAGGCGGGGGAGAGAAGCCCGUCCAGCCCCACCCCAACCAGUUCAUGACCUCCGCCAGCUCCGAGGACAAAACCAAGGACAAGGCUACCACCAAGAGAAGCACCUCCAAGCUUCCCGCCGUGGAUGCCCCGGACUUCACCACCGCCGAAGCCCCCCUGGACCCCAUCACAGAGGAGGACGAGAAGCAGGACCCCCAUGGCUCCUCCAAGACCCUGCUCGGACGCAAGGCGCCCGGGUCCAGUGACCGGGGGAGCGGCCUGUUCCAGGGAGCAGCCGACCUCAAGAUGAAGACCGGCGGGCUGCCCUACCAGAAGCUCACCAGCGACGACGAGGAUUCAGAGAACUCCGACGCUCCUCUCCUGGGGGACGCGAAAAAGCCAGGUGACCCCAAAGCAUCCUCACUGGCUCUGGCUAAGGGUAAAGAAUACCUGUCUGACGCCAUGCUGGAUAAGAAGGAUUCUUCUGACUCCGGCAUGCGCUCCAACGAGAGCUCGCCCAACCACUCCCUGCAGGACGAGGAGGCUGACCUGUCCCAGCUGGAGCAGGCCAACCUGAUCGAGCUGGACCAGGAGGACAGCCAGAGCCGGGCGGCCAGUAAGAGGGGUCUGCCCAGCAGCCUGAGUGGUCUCCAGGACUCAGCUGUGGCCCGCAUGUCCAUCUGCUCCGAGGACCAGUGCAGCCUGCUGGCCAGCAGCCCCGAAGAGAGCUGGCCCUUAUCCAAGAGCUACAACCUCAACCGCACGCCCAGCAACACCACCCUCAACAACAACACCAACGACCAGCAGCGUUGCCAGGGACAGAGGGCUCCAGUGGGGUCCACCGACACCACCUGUUCCACCCCUACUUCCUCCUCCAUCAGCGAGGUCAUCGUCUCCACGGGUUCCGGCACCACCAGUACCACCACCAAGCCCGGCCCGCACAACGAGAACGUGCGCGUGGUGCACCUGAAGAGGGGGCUGAACCCCGGGGAUCCUCCGGAGAUCACCACCGUGUCCUCCGACACCGUCACUUUCGGAGAGGAGCGCGAGAGCAUCCUGUGAGCCCCCUGCCCAUCUCAUACCCAGGAGAGCACUUAGUCAGUAGAUGUUUGGUGUGGUAAUCUGACAAUGCAUGCGUAGCAAGGUACCGUAGCUAGCUAAAUGGGUAAAUAAAUGAUGUUCGUGCUUGGUGUGCACUAAGUAGAUAGCCUUGUUAAACCAGGCUGAUCUGGCAACCUCACAUUCUGUUACAGGAGGUAGCCUGGUGAAGGUAGCUCACUGAGAUGUUGUACUCUGUAUUUGUAUUGUCUAAAGUGAAGUGAAGUGACCUCUACUAACCGGCUUGAUAUUCUCUAAAGGUGAAGGUAGCUAGCUACGUACACUGUAAAACAAAUUAUCUUUAGAUCAACCUAAUUUACUUCACCUCUGGUAAAAACAACAACAUUAUUAUGACAAAUAUAUGAUUCAAUGCCAACUGUUAUAUUUCAUUAUAUUUGAAGUUGUAGCCUGUUUAUUUCAACACUAAACCUACAUUUCCCCUUUGGUUAAACUUAAUAUAACAAAUACAACAAAUAUUUAAUGACAAUACAACCAAUUUUUUUCGUCUUGUUCACUUUUUACUUUGGAAUUACCUAUCCAAAUGUAUUCAAUUGUGUUACAAGCAAUUUAAAUCAACAACCUAAAAAAUAAGAUGUUUUAAAAUAAUUUUUCCAAACUAAAGACCUUCACAUUUAGGAACCACAAUAUCAUAACCAAGCAAUGGCUACCGUCACAUAGAAACGGUAUCAGGCACUUUAGUGUCAUUACAGAUGACAAAUACAAUAGACCACCUCAACUGGAAUGACAUUCACUCUCAGGGGUGGGCAAAAAUAACCAACUGAAAGCCACGCACCCCCCAAUAAGCCACGCCUCGGCAACUCUUCUGAUAGGCUGCCGCCGCUACAUUGCCCCUACCGCUAUUCGAUGUGCAUGAGGUGUGGAAAGCAAUUUAGAAGCUUUCAUUCAAAUAAAAAAAUCACAUUGAUCUGACGAAUUCGUUAUUUGAUUUCAGACAAAUUGAUAGAACAGAUUGAAUGAACCAAAGCGUAAAUUUCGAUCAUUCCAAUCAGUAAAAGCACUUAACAGCGCCGYCCCAUUUUUUACAGUGCAGUAUAAUUGAAAACUUAACUACCUACGUACAGUGACUAACUAUCUGUUUAUUGUUUUGCACUACAACAAGCAUGGUAGCCUGGGUGUCAGUCUGUCUGUGCCAUCUCRCCAACUCCUUGUCAUGCCAAUGGCUUGACAAUGAGCAAUGGAGCUGGCAAGAGCACAAACAGAUCUGGGACYAGGCUACAAGCAUGCCUCAACAGUGUUAAUAUUAGCUGCUGCUGCCUAUGUGUGUCAACAAGUGAUGUAUUGAGCUUGUGGRUGGGUAAAAGAGAAGAUACCUGGUAUAGAUGAAGAAUGAAUGCAUAUGAACACGUGAGCCAAAUGAACAAAAUUGUGUGUGGGAUCUGUUUUUGUCGUGUCUCAGCAAAUGACAUGGAGGAGAGUCAACUGAACUAUUCGUCUCAUUGCAAAAGCCACAGGGCUUUUAACUAUUUUACCUUCCUAUGGGCCCUGGUCCAAAGUAGUGCGCUAUCGGUGGAAUAGGGUGCCAUUUGGGACGCAUCUCCUGCCAACACGAACAAAAGUGUUGGAUAAAAGGGAGGGACGUUGACACUAAUAUGUGACAAUAAUAGAGAAGUAAUCUUCAGAAAAAGUUAUUGAUCGCUGCAAAAUGCAGUUGCUGACUCUUCGCCAUAUGAUACAUGGGACUGUAUGUAUGCUGCUUUGUAAUGAACARUGGUUGUAAAGGUAUUUGGUUUAUUACAUGUUGUCAGGGCCUGUCUCCUCCCUUAACGUAGUAGAGGCCAAUAGUAGAGGCCCCAUUUGUGAAUCCGAUGCCAUUUAAAUACAUUUUAAUUGAGCAGAUAUAAAAUGUACACUUAAUGGCGUCCGAUUCACAAAUCUGGCUACAGUGAAGAUUGGUGUUGCAUGCGUACCUAAUGAACUGUACAUUGCAUGCGUACCUAAUGAACUGUACAUUGCAUGCGUACCUAAUGAACUGUACAUUGCAUGCGUACCUAAUGAACUGUACAUUGCAUGCGUACCUAAUGAACUGUACAUUGCAUGCGUACCUAAUGAACUGUACAUUGCAUGCGUACCUAAUGAACUGUACAUUGCAUGCGUACCUAAUGAACUGUACAUUGCAUGCGUACCUAAUGAACUGUACAUUGCAUGCGUACCUAAUGAACUGUACAUUGCAUGCGUACCUAAUGAACUGUACAUUGCAUGCCUAAAUGAGUUUGCAAAUAUCAGUACAAUGUCAGAGUGCUCUCCUAUGUGUUGCAUGCACUGUGAUGUUGUAUGGUGUCUUAACCAGUCGGAUGAUAACCAUGUGGGAGAAGAACACGAGAUAUUCUAUCUAUGAAGGGAAAGAAGUGAAUGGUGCCGUCAGACAUUAUCUGACUGAAAAAUAAAACCUGGUUGUUGACCUUC